GAGGGUUCAUGGGAGUUUGCCCAACCAGUCCACAUGUGUUUUGUGGACUUGGAAAAGGCUUUCGACCAUGUCCCUUGUGGUGUUGUGUGGGUGGUGCUCCGAGAGUAUGGGGUUCGGGGCCCUCUUCUAAGGGCUGUCCGGUCCCUGUACGAACGGAGUAGGAGCUUAGUUCUCAUUGCCGGCAGUAAGUCGGACCCGUUCCCGGUGCAUGUUGGACUACGGCAGGGCCCUUGUCACCGGUUCUGUUCAUUAUCUUUAUGGACAUAAUUUCUAGGCGCAGCCAGGUGUCGGGUUGGGUCCAGUUUGGGAGCCACAGGAUUUCAUCUCUGCUUUUUGCGGAUGAUGUGGUCUUGUUGGCCUCUUCGAACCAAGACCUGCAGCAUGCACUGGGACGGUUUGCAAUCGAGUGUAAAGCCACAGGGAUGAGAAUCAGCACCUCUAAGUCUGAGGCCAUGGUUCUCGACCGGAAAAGGAUGGUUUGCACCCUUCGGGUUGGGAAGGAAGUCCUGCCUCAGGUGGAGGAGUUUAAGUAUUUUGGGUUGUUCACGAGUGAGGGUAGGAUGGAGCGUGAGAUUGACAGGCAGAUUGAUGCAGCAGCCACAGUAAUGUGGUCGCUGUAUCGCUGUAUUACACGAGAGGAGCUUGAAGUAGAGCCGCUGCUCCUCCACAUCGAGAGGAGUCAGCUGAAAAAUAUCACCUCCAUCACCAAGAAGGCUCAGCAGUGCAUUCACUUCCUGAGAGUCCUCAGGAAGCACAACUUCAGCACCAACCUGCUGCUGUCUUUCUACCGCUCCUCCAUUGAGAGCCUGCUGACAUACUGCAUCACAGUUUGGUUUGGCAGCUGCACUGCUGCAGACAGGGAAAGGCUGCAGAGAGUUGUAAAGACAGCACAAAGGAUCAUUGGCUGUCCUCUACCCUCCCUGAUGGAUAUUUACCACUGCCUCCCACUGCCUUAG